GGGAAGCAGAGCCCCGCCACCCCGCUCCUCUGGGCCCGGGCCCCCGUCUUUGCCUCGGGGACCAGGAUCUUGCCACAAGCUGCAUUUGCUUUGUUAGGGCUCAGAAGCUGAAGGCACGAGGUGGCAGCAGAUCCCCAGUAGGGAUCUCAGGGCGGCAGCAGCAGGAGGGAGAAGACAUCGCCCCUCCGAGUCCCAGGAGCUCCCCCCACCCCGCCGAAUUUCAACACUCCCCCCCGCCCAGCACCUUCCCCUCUGGCUGCCGCCGCACACUCACCAUCCAGCUCUCUAAAGCCAAGGCUGCCUUCGGAGGGAGGGGACCGUCCUCGCGGGAGGCCUCGCUCUCGUCGCCAGCCUCUCUAGGAAACCCAAAGCCAACCCCCCUUAGGAGCAGCAAAGGCACAUCAGCGAAGCUUCCUUUGCAGAAGCCUCUGCUGCCCUCUCGGUUUUGCAGGGGGGAAGGCAGGCGGAGGGUUAAAGUGAGCGAGUGGAAAUUCCUAGAGAGGCCUGCGAGGGGGCCGGUCUAGUGGUGCUGCCGUCUGCAUCGCUCUGCCUUCGCAGCCGGAGCCUUUCCUUUCUCCAGGCUGCAGCAUCAGUCCCGUCUAGGGACCCGGUGAGUGCAAAAAUUCCUCCAACUCCAAGAAUGCAAUUCUGCAGUGAGAAGAAUUAAUGUAAUGUAUUGAAUUUUUAGGAUUUAAUAACCUUGCCUGUCUCGGCAGUUCUUACUUUGAGAGAAACUUGCAGAAGAGCAAGGUCUUUCAGUAUUCCUGGAAGCUUUUCUGGAGUACCGAGUAAAGAUACGAAUACCGCUUUUCAACCAAAGUUCCCAAAGUGGUUUACUUUGGAAGAGGAACACUCAAGAUGGAAGAAGAACACUCAACUGGCCCUGAAGCAGGAAGAGUUCCCCUUGUUAUCCAGGCUGGGAGCAGAAAGGAAUUGUGGGAAAGAACUGUGCAGAAGAUGCUGGAUGAGGACACCACUAGUUCAGCUGCAAAGCGCCAGAGACUCAGGCAGUUCUGCUACCAGGAGGCUGAGGGGCCCCGGGAGAUUUGCAGCCGAAUUCACAGACUUUGCCGUCAGUGGCUGAAGCCAGAAAAGCACACAAAGAUGCAGAUCCUGGACUUGGUGAUCCUGGAGCAGUUCCUGACUGUCCUGCCCCCAGAGAUGGAGAGUUGGGUCAGAGAGUGCGGAGCGGAGACCAGUUCCCAGGCGGUGGCCCUGGCAGAAGGUUUCCUCCUGAGUCAGGCUGAGGCCAAGAAAGAGGAAGAGCAGCAGGCAUCAAAAGUGGAUACUGAUUUAUCCAAGCCAGAGAAGGAGGUGUUGGACCCCAGGGAGAGGACGCCGAUCAGGUGGAUUGUGCAAGAGAAUGAAGGAAGUGCCACUUCACUGGGUGGGGAAAUCACACUAGCUCUUCAGUCCAGGCCUUCUCCUCUGUCUGGUGGAGCAGAGACAGCCUCUGUGCAGCGGGACCAGUGUCCAGUGAACUUUGAGGAAGUGGCUGUGAAUUUUACGACGGAGGAGUGGGCUCUGCUGGAUCCAGGCCAAAGGGCUUUGCACACAGAAGUCAUGGAGGAAACCUAUGGGCAACUGGCCUCUCUGGGUAAUGGAUGGGAGAGAGAAAAAGAGGGAGAACUGCAAAGAAGGAAAACUGAAGCAAAUUAUCUGUGGGCGAAGAAAUCUGCUUCUGAAUCGUCUGACACUCAUGAAAUCCCAGAUCAAUUAAAGGACUGCCAAGUAAGCAGAAGGAAUAAGUACCCUCAGUCGGAAAAAAUCUUAACGACUAAAUCCAGCCUUAAAACACAUCAGAUAAUUCAUACAGAUGAGAAAAAAUAUGCAUGCUCAGUGUGCGGAAAGAGCUUCAGCCACAGCUCACGCCUUAUUUGCCAUCAAAGAAUCCACACAGGGGAGAAACCAUAUCAGUGCUUGGUGUGUGGAAGGAGGUUCAGCCAGAACUCUCAGCUGACUUCCCAUCAAAGAAUCCACACAGGAGAAAAACCGUAUCAGUGUUCAGUGUGUGGAAAGAGCUUCUGCCAGAACUCACAGCUUACUUCCCAUCAAAGAAUCCACACAGGAGAGAAACCAUAUCAGUGCUCUGUGUGUGGAAAGAGCUUCAGCCGAAGUGGAGACCUUACUACCCAUAAAAGAAUCCACUCAGUGGAGAAACCAUUUAAAUGCUCAGAGUGUGGGAAGAGCUUCCACCGCAGACAAGUCUUUACAUGCCAUCAAAGAAUCCACACAGGAGAGAAACCAUAUCAAUGCUCGCUGUGUGGAAAGAGCUUCAGCCACAGCUCACGCCUUACUUAUCAUCAGAUAACCCACACAGGGGAGAAACCAUAUCAGUGUUCAGUAUGUGGAAAGCGGUUCAGCCAGGACUCACACCUUACAUCCCAUCAACGAAUCCACACUGGGGAGAAACCAUUUCAGUGCCUGGUGUGUGGAAAAAGCUUCAGCCAGAACUCACAGCUUACUUCCCAUCAAACAAUCCAUACCGGGGAGAAACCCUAUGCAUGCUCAGAAUGUGGAAAGAGUUUCCGUUGUAGACAAGUCCUUAUUUCUCAUCAAACAAUUCACACAGGGGAGAAACCAUAUCAGUGCUCGGUCUGUGGAAAGAGCUUCAGCCGGAACUCAAGUGUUUAUAAACAUCAAGCAAUCCACACAGGGGAGAGACCAUAUCAGUGUUCAGUGUGUGGGAAGAGCUUUAGGUCCAGCUCCAGCCUAAAUGACCAUCAAAGGAUCCAUUCACAGGAGAGGCCAUUUAAAUACUCAGAAAGUGUAAGCCCCUUGGACAGCAGCAUAUCUUUUAUUUUAGAGCUGUAAAGCUUCCCCUGCUAGCAAUAGCAAUAGCAAUAGCACUUACAUUUAUAUACCGCUUUAUAGCCAGAGCUCUCUAAGAUUUAGCAUAUGAUUUACAAUGAUUUACAAUAUGAUUUACAAUGAUUUAGCAUGAUUUAGCAAGAGCCCCUGGUGGCGCAGUGGUAAAACUGCCGCCCUGUAACCAGAAGGUUACAAGUUCGAUCCUGACCAGGGGCUCAAGGUUGACUCAGCCUUCCAUCCUUCCGAGGUCGGUAAAAUGAGUACCCAGAAUGUUGGGGGCAAUAUGCUAAAUCAUUGUAAACUGCUUAGAGAGCUCCGGCUAUAGAGCGGUAUAUAAACGUAAGUGCUAUUGCUAUUGCUAGCUGAGCAAAGAGGCACCUUUUUAAAGUGGUGAUUCUCUUUAUUUAGCAGGGGGAGAGCAACUGCCCCUAUCCAUCCUCAGCACAGCAUUCUUCCAGUGGCUGUUGCUGGUGUCCAUCUUGUGUUUCUUUUUUAGAUUGUGAACCCUUUGGGGAAUGGGGGCUGUUUAUUUAUUUAUUUAUAUCUAUGUAAACCACUUUGGGAACUUUUGUUGAAAAGCGGUAUAUAAAUAUCCAUUGUAUUCGUAUCCCUACGUCCAUUUUUAGGUAGGAAAGACCUCUGCCUGAGAGAUUAUUCCAAGUCGAACCCGGGACUUGUGCUUGCUCUUCAUUCACAGCCAUCUGAAGGGGAUAAAAGAGCCCUUGGUGUCUGUCUUCGCAGAAGGUGUCCCUUUAUGAACAUGUCCCUCCCAAUGGACCAGUGCAAAAGCAGAAUGCAGUGCUGAGUAGAUUUUUCUGCAGUGAGAGAUUAUCUGAUUUUUGCAUGAGAGAUAACAGACUCAUAAGCAGAAGAACCAUUCUGUCGAGGGAAUGGAUGUUACAAAAGAGCUGCAGUAACAGGUUGAGAGAAAGUUGUUUGGGGUCAAGAAGCCAUUAACUGUGUGGUGAUGGAGCUAGGGGUGAUGGAGCUAGGGCAGAGUCAGGUUCAAAUGGUGAUGGAGCUAGGGCAGAGUCAGGUUCAAAGACAGUCAUGUAAUGAAUGCCACAGAGGAAAGUCCUUGAGGGAAGAAAGCUCUUCACUUCACUUGUCUCAGGGUUGUUGUGAGCAUGAAAAGAAAUAAAGAACCCCUUUGUCCCAUUUUGACCUCCUUGGAUGGAAUAAAACUGCAAUAAAUAAAUACAGUACAAUCCCUUUCUCUCCCCCUUAUCAGAACAGGCGAGUGCUGGUUGAUUAAUCUGGAUUGACAUAGCCCAAUUUUCUGCCAGGUUGAAUGCCUCUUAGAAGCAUUAUGCAGAGGCUGAAGCCGGGGAAUCAUUUUUAAGGGAGUUGCAGUUGUUUUAAGAAUAUAACAAGUUCAGGUAAGAACUAAUGUGCUUCCUUUCUUUUCACUAUAAUCUUAAUUGAUAGUUAACAUCUUCACAGGUUAACCCACUUCUGCCUCAGAUGUUCACACAUUCACCAUCUUGAAUUGGAGUGGAUGACAUCAUCACACACUACGCCACCGUGGUGACCCUAUGUGUCCGUACAACUGUGGUCCAAGUCGGUUCUCACUUGUGCCUCAAAUGUUCACAUGUUCACCAUCUUGAAUUGGGGUGGAUGACAUCAUCACAACAAUGCUGUUGAGGUGUCCCUAUCUGUCCCCACAGCUGUAUCAAAUUUGGUUCAAAUCGGUUAGGUGGUUCAAAGGUUUGCCCGCUUGCGCCUCAAACGUUCACAUUUCCGCCAUCUUUAAUUGGGGUGCAUGACAUCAUUGCAAGCUACAUGGUUGAGGUGUCCCUAUGCGUCUCUACAGCUGUACCAAAUUUGAUUUGAAUCGGUCCAAACGUUGCGAAGUUGAUAGUGGGACGUGCACACUGAUGGACACACACAGAGGCUAUUCCCACGAUGAGGAGAAAUCGGGCUAAGGGAGCUUAGCCUGGCUUCUCCCAGUCGUGUGCUGCAACAGGAGCUGUGCGGCUCCCGGCAGCAAGCCUCCGAAAAUACCCCCUCCCCUUAAACGAGGUUAGUGGAGUGUGUACUCCGCUAAUCCCCAUUACCUGAUUGUGAUACGCUGUGGCAUGGCUCUGUGCUGCAGCGACUCACGAGGAGACCCCCAGGAGGCUAAAAGAAGCCUUCCGGCCUCGGGGGGGGGUCUCCCCAGGAUACCCUAUGCAUCCUUGGACUUCUGGGGGCCGGGCGAACAGAGCCGGUAAUCGUGGGGGUGGCUGAUCCGGCCGCCCAGGAACAGCUCCCUGCUCAUCUGCGGGAGCCUGUGGAGACCCCGGUUAGGCUCUCCACACUGCUCAUGAGGAGAGCCUCACAGAAUGCUGGGUGAUCUCAUAAGCUUACUUUUCUUAAGGAAAGCAGGCUACAAAGACUUUGGUUUGGGGCGGUAUACAAAUCUAUAAAAUAAUAAAUAAAAAAGGCCUUACCAGAUUGGACCCAAGGCCUAUCCAGUCCAACAUUCUGUUUCCUACAGUGGCUCACCUGAUGCCUGUGGGAACGUGACAACCGGGAGAUUGAAAGCAUGCCCUUAUUCCUGCUGUUGCUCCCCUGCAACUGGGAUUCAGAGGCAUCCUAUAGCUAUCAAGACUAGUAGCCAUCAGUAGACUACUGUUGAUAGUCUAUUGAUCCUCCUUUCCCUUCUGGCCAGUACUGCAUAGCUGAUUGGCUAGCUGAAUCACAGCAUGGGUGUGUGAUUUUUAAUCUUUUUGCAUAGUGACCAGGGCUCCUUUUAUUUUAUUUCCCCACAAAAGCAGCCUCUCCUCUUCUGCUUGCUUUGGGCAGGACAAUUCUCCUGGAAUUCAGGCAUUUUCCUUUUAAAAUCCCUUAGAAUACUGUAUAUGAAGAGGCUUGCAGGCCUAUCUAGUCCAGCACUCUGUUUCCCACAGUGGCCCACCAGUUGCCUCUGGGAAGACACACAACCAGAUGAUGAAGGCAUGCCCCCUCUCCUGCUGCUUCUCUGCAACUGGUAUUCAGAAGCAUCUUGCCUCUGAACAUGGAGAUAGCCUAUGACCAUCAGAACUAGUAGCCCUUGAACGCCCUGUCGUCCAUGAAUUUGUCUAAGCCCUUUUAAAGCCAUCCACGCUAGUGGCCAUCAUCGUAUCUCAUGAGAAUUCCAUAGCUUAAUUAUGUGUUGUGUGAAAGAGUGAGACCAGCAAAACGAUGAACAUCAAUUUAUCAGAACCAAUGUGAAAAAAACAAAAACCCAGAGGGGGACGGGGGAAUAUACAUUUGAACUGCAUGGCCUUUCAUUGUUUUCCAGCUGAAUAGCCGUAAUGAUCUUUAAACUGUUGCUUUGCUGUGUGGCCGGCUGAUAAAAAUGUGCUUGAUAAAAAGAAACUGGAUUAUGCAACUUGUUUGAAAUAUUUUAGGAACAUAGGAAGCUGCCACAUACUGAAUCGGACUAUAGGUCCAUCUCGCUCAGUAUUGUCUACACAGACUGGCAGCGGCUUCUCCAAGGUUGCAGGCAGGAAUCUCUCUCAGCCCUAUCUUGGAGAUGCCAGGGAAGGAACUUGGAGCCUCGAUGCUCUUCCCAGAGCGGCUCCAUCCCCUAAGGGGAAUAUCUUACAGAACUCACACUUCUAGUCUCCCUUUCAUAUGCAACCAGGGCAGAUCCUGCUUAGCUUAAGGGUACAAGUCAUGCUUGCUACCACAAGACCAGCUCUCUUCCCUUCUCUUUAAUCUCACUUUCCCAUCCUUCUAGAACUGCAACAAAGUAUAACUAUAA